AUGGCCGACCCAGAAAUUGACAAUAUCAAUUCUGACCAAAACGAUGGCGAUAAUAUAUUUGUUACAACAAUGGACCAUCCAGGUACUGAGUCGGUUGCUAGCAAUGUUUACGAAACGCCAAAUGGGACUAGGUACUGGACACCCAUUGUCCCCCAUGGAGCCAAACCGUUUUUGAAAGCUAGAUUUAAUACGAUUGAACAAGCAAUUGCAAUGUACGAGGCGUACGCACAACUUGCCGGAUUUGGAACACGUUUGGGUACUUCGAAAAAAGUAAAAAUUGGCAACGAGAUAAUUACGACUCGGCGAUACGUUUUAUGCUCAAGGGCGCCAGUGAACAAACAUAAACAUAAAGAAACUAUCCCUGAUGAUAUUGACUCAACUUCACCAUCGCGCCGUUCCAAUGUUAAAGUUACAGAUUGUAAGGCAUGUGUGAAGUUUCGUCGUAUAAAAAAGUCAACUGAUUAUGAAAUCUAUGGUUUUGUUGAACAACACAACCAUGAGUUUACCUCUCCCGAGAAUCUUGACUUAUCACUAAAGCGAAGAAAGCUCGAUUUUUCUACACAAGAGUUCAUAUCAAAGUGCCGCAAUGCUAAUCUUGGCCCUACCAAAUCCCACAAGGCACAUGUUGCAAUAAAAGGUAGUCACCAUAAUGUUCACGGUACCGUUGUGGACUACAAAAAUUGUGGCCGUGACAUUCGAGAUUUUAUUGGCGAUAGAGACGCCCAAAUGAUAAUUGACAAGUUCAAAGCUAGAAGCGAAAAUAAAGUUAAUUACAGUUUUGAUACCCAUAUUGAUGAUAUGGAACUUCAGUUAAUUUUUUGGUGCGAUGGCGUUUCUAAACUAAACUACGAAGCGUUCGGUGAUGUUUUGGCGUUCGACGCGACGUAUCAUACAAAUAUGUACGAUAUGAUUUUUGUGCCUUUCACUGGAGUUGACCAUCAUAAAAAGUGCACAAUAUUUGGGGCUGGGUUGUUACAUAAUGAGACUAUUGAAUCAUACACAUGGCUACUCCAAAAAUUUCUUCAAGCACACAAUGGAAAACAGCCACUCUUGAUAUUAACUGAUCAGGAUUGUGCUAUGAAACAAGCUGUCGCCAACGUAUUUGACAAGUCCAUCCACAGACUAUGUAUGUGGCACAUUAUUCAAAAGUUGCCAGCAAAGGUAUUCGCUACAAACAUGUCUACAGCAUAA